CUAUCCGGCGGCUCUUCUCGGCCAGGUCCAGGUCGAGGGGGAAAAUGGCGCCGGCGCCCCUAGGCGUCCGGGAGGAGCGGUUGCUGGGGUGUCGGUCCGACCCGCUGUCCCGACUCCUUUUCCUUGCCCAGGCGGUCCUGCUCCUCCUGCCCACCGCCCGAGCUGGUCUUUGCCCCGCACCCUGCUCUUGCCGCAUUCCCGUCCUGGACUGCAGUCGCAGGAAACUGCCCGCGCCGAGCUGGAGGGCGCUGUCGGGCUCGCUGCCCCCUGCCACCGCGAGUCUGGAUUUGAGUCAUAACCGGUUGUUUAACUGGAACAUCAGCUUGGAAUCACAAACAUUACAGGAAGUGAAAAUGAAUUACAAUGAGCUAACAGAAAUCCCAUAUUUUGGAGAAAUAACAUCUAAUAUUACUCUACUUUCAUUAGUUCAUAAUAUAAUCCCAGAAAUAAAUGCAGAGGUGUUCCAGUUUUAUCGUGCUCUUGAGAAUUUAGACCUUAGCUCAAAUAUAAUAUCAGAAAUCAAGACAUCUUCAUUUCCUCGAAUGCAGCUUAAAUACCUGAAUUUGAGUAAUAACAGAAUAACCACGUUGGAGGCUGGUUGCUUUGAUAAUUUAUCAAGUUCCUUAUUAGUGGUAAAGUUAAACCGUAACCGAAUUAGCAUGAUUCCACCUAAGAUCUUCAAGCUGCCUCACCUCCAAUUCUUGGAACUUAAAAGAAACAGGAUUAAAAUUGUGGAAGGUCUUACAUUCCAAGGACUUGACUCCUUAAGAUCUUUGAAAAUGCAGCGGAAUGGAAUUAGCAAACUUAAAGAUGGAGCAUUUUUUGGCUUGAAUAACAUGGAAGAACUUGAUUUGUCCUAUAACCAGCUGACCCGCCUGGAUGAGUCUGCCUUUGUGGGUCUGAGCUUACUGGAGAAAUUAAAUUUAGGGGACAACAGAGUUACUCACAUUGCUGAUGGUGUGUUUAGGUUUCUCUCAAAUCUUCAAGCACUAGACUUAAGAAACAAUGAAAUUUCAUGGGCCAUAGAAGAUGCUAGUGAAGCCUUUGCUGGACUGACAAGUCUCACUAAAUUAAUUUUACAAGGAAACCAGAUUAAGUCAAUUACAAAGAAAGCAUUCAUUGGUCUUGAAUCUCUUGAGCAUCUAGAUUUGAACAAUAAUGCUAUAAUGUCUAUCCAAGAAAAUGCUUUUUCUCAGACUCACUUGAAAGAACUGAUUCUGAACACAAGCAGUUUGCUCUGUGACUGCCAUUUGAAGUGGUUACUUCAAUGGCUGGUUGAUAAUAAUUUCCAGCAUUCUGUGAAUGUAAGCUGUGCACACCCUGAGUGGUUAGCAGGACAAAGCAUCCUGAAUGUGGAUCUGAAAGAUUUUGUCUGUGAUGAUUUUCUCAAGCCACAAAUGAGGGUACAUCCUGAAAACACAGUUGCUCUACGAGGCAUGAACGUGACUCUGCUGUGCACUGCCGUGAGCAGCAGCGACUCACCCAUGUCCACUAUGUGGCGAAAAGAUAGUGAAAUCCUCUAUGAUGUGGAUAUUGAGAAUUUUGUUCGUUAUCGGCAGCAAGCUGGAGAAGUUCUGGAAUAUACCAGUAUCUUACAUCUUUUCAAUGUGAAUUUCACAGAUGAAGGAAAAUACCAGUGUAUUGUUACUAAUCACUUUGGUUCUAAUUACUCUCAGAAAGCCAGACUGACUGUGAAUGAGAUGCCAUCUUUUCUGAAAACGCCAAUGGAUCUAACGAUUCGCACUGGUGCCAUGGCCAGAUUAGAAUGUGCUGCAGAGGGACACCCUGCACCUCAGAUUUCCUGGCAGAAAGAUGGUGGUACUGACUUUCCUGCGGCUCGAGAAAGACGAAUGCACGUCAUGCCCGAAGAUGAUGUCUUCUUUAUUGCCAAUGUGAAAAUAGAAGACAUGGGAGUCUACAGCUGCAUGGCACAAAAUACAGCAGGAGGCCUCUCAGCAAAUGCCUCGCUAACAGUGUUAGAGACACCCUCCUUCAUUAGACCUCUGGAGGAUAAGACAGUAACUCGAGGCGAAACUGCAGUACUACAGUGCAUAGCUGGAGGGAGUCCUGCCCCUCGCCUCAACUGGACUAAAGAUGAUGGACCACUGCUGGUGACAGAACGACACUUCUUUGCUGCAGCCAACCAACUUCUCAUCAUUGUAGAUGCUGGGCUAGAAGAUGCUGGAAAAUAUACCUGCAUUAUGUCUAACACCCUUGGGACAGAACGUGGCCACAUUUACCUAAAUGUUAUUUCAUCUUCCAAUUGUGACUCUUCCCAGAGUAGCAUUGGAUAUGAAGAUGAUGGCUGGACCACAGUUGGUAUUGUCAUCAUUGUUGUGGUCUGCUGUGUUGUGGGUACCUCUUUGAUUUGGGUCAUUGUUAUUUACCACAUGAGAAGGAAAAAUGAAGACUAUAGUAUCACAAACACUGAGGAGCUCAAUCUGCCUGCAGACAUUCCCAGCUACUUGUCUUCCCAAGGAACACUGUCUGAGCCACAGGAAGGAUACAGCAACUCUGAGGCAGGCAGUCAUCAGCAACUUAUGCCUCCUGUCAAUGGAUAUAUACACAAAGGCACUGAUGGUGGCACUGGCACCCGAGUGAUCUGCUCAGAUUGUUAUGACAAUGCCAACAUCUACUCCAGGACCCGCGAAUACUGUCCGUACACCUACAUCGCUGAGGAGGAUGUUUUAGAUCAGACACUGUCCAGCCUCAUGGUGCAGAUGCCCAAAGAGACUUAUUUAGCACAUCCUCCCCACGAUGCUCCUGCCCUGGAGAGCUUGAUAGCAUCAGCAGACAGAGAGCUGUCUGCCUUUCCCACCAACCAUGAGAGGAUGGUGGAGAAGAAACUUCCGUCCACACAGAUGAGCAGUGAAACAUCGCAGCGGCCUCUGUGGAACAUAAACAAAGAACUAGGCCUGCCUCAUCCUCACUUUUCCCAGCAGCCAGUCCUCGAGUCACCACAACUUCACCGAAAUGAGGGUCUGGCAGAAAGGGAUCCAGACUGUUCCACCUCCCCCACGUCUUGCCACAGGUUACAGGACCACACUUUUAAUUUUAAUAGGACUCGGAACAUUCAAGAUGGUAGUGAGGGCACAUGAAACUCACUUCAGGAUGAAAUCUGGGCAAAGACUCAUUAAUUCAUUUUGUAUUUACUACCUCGGAGUUCAGAAAAAACCCCAAAGUCAGCAUUUGCUUUGCUCUAUGUUUAUGAUGACAUCUGACACACCAAAGUGGGCCACAUACUAGUUUGGGCAUAUCCCUGGUGAAGAAAGGGUAACAGCUGACAGAAAUGGGUACAUACGAUUGAAAAUGUGCAGCAUCAGAGGGAAGAGAAGGCAAGUGCUAAUGCUCCCACAGGCAUGUGUCCAGGUGUGCAUUGCCUGUCAGGAAGAGGGUCAUUGCUGCUGAACAGGUGGGAUUGUCCCAGUCCUCAGAAUGACCUGAGAAACAUCACUACUUGGAUGUUUUACUUUGCCUUCUAAGGAGCAAAAGUAACUUUGGAGCCUUCUGGCAAGUGUGCUUAAGAUUCUUUAGUGAUUUUAAGCAGAUAGUUGAGAUUGGGGCUUUGAUAUUCAAGGUCUGUGGCAAGAAUUCCAGGCUUGACCAACUGGUACCAGGUCAAAGGCUUUCAUAUUCUUGAGAUUUUUUUUUUUUUGUCCUUAUUGCUAAGGGAGCUCUUUGUGUAUAUAUAUAUGUGCAUUUAUAAAUAAUUUUUCUACUCAUUGAC